AUGCUGUUGCAGUGGAGUCUCAUCAGAAAAUCAGAAACAGCUGCGCAGAAGCGGCUGCGCAGGAACAGCUGCGCAGAAGCGGCUGCGCAGAAGCGGCUGCGCACAAGCGGCUGCGCACAAGCGGCUGCGCACAAGCGGCUGCGCACAAGCGGCUGCGCACAAGCGGCUGCGCAGAAGCGGCUCCGCAGAAGCGGCUGCGCAGAAGCGGCUGCGCAGAAGCGGCUGCGCAGAAGCGGCUGCGCAGAAGCGGCUGCGCAGAAGCGGCUGCGCAGAAGCGGCUGCGCAGAAGCGGCUGCGCAGAAGCGGCUGCGCAGAAGCGGCUGCGCAGAAGCGGCUGCGCAGAAGCGGCUGCGCAGAAGCGGCUGCGCAGAAGCGGCUGCGCAGAAGCGGCUGCGCAGAAGCGGCUGCGCAGAAACGGCUGCGCAGAAACGGCUGCGCAGAAACGGCUGCGCAGCAGCAGCUGCGCAGAAGCAGCUGCGCAGAAACAGCUGCGCAGAUGCAGCUGCGCAGAAACAGCUGCGCAGAAACAGCUGCGAAGAAACAGCUGCGAAGAAGCGGCUGCGCAGAAGCGGCUGCGCAGAAGCGGCUGCGCAGAAGCGGCUGCGCAGAAGCGGCUGCGCGGAAGCGGCUGCGCGGAAGCGGCUGCGCGGAAGCGGCUGCGCGGAAGCGGCUGCGCGGAAACGGCUGCGCGGAAGCGGCUGCGCGGAAGCGGCUGCGCGGAAGCGGCUGCGCGGAAGCGGCUGCGCGGAAGCGGCUGCGCGGAAGCGGCUGCGCGGAAGCGGCUGCGCGGAAGCGGCUGCGCGGAAGCGGCUGCGCGGAAGCGGCUGCGCGGAAGCGGCUGCGCGGAAGCGGCUGCGCAGAAGCGGCUGCGCGGAAGCGGCUGCGCAGAAGCGGCUGCGCAGAAGCGGCUGCGCAGAAGCGGCUGCGCAGGAACAGCUGCGCAGAAACAACUGCGCAGAAACAACUGCGCAGAAACAGCUGCGCAGGAACAGCUGCGCAGAAACAGCUGCGCAGAAACAGCUGCGCAGAAACAGCUUCGCAGAAACAGCUGCGCAGGAACAGCUGCGCAGGAACAGGUGCGCAGGAACAGGUGCGCAGGAACAGGUGCGCAGAAACAGCUGCGCAGGAACAGCUGCGCAGAAACAACUGCGCAGAAACAACUGCGCAGAAACAGCUGCGCAGGAACAGCUGCGCAGAAACAGCUGCGCAGAAACAGCUGCGCAGAAACAGCUUCGCAGAAACAGCUGCACAGGAACAGCUGCGCAGGAACAGGUGCGCAGGAACAGGUGCGCAGGAACAGGUGCGGAGGAACAGGUGCGCAGGAACAGCUGCGCAGGAACAGGUGCGCAGGAGCAGGUGCGCAGGAACAGCUGCGCAGGAACAGCUGCGCAGGAACAGCUGCGCAGGAACAGCUGCGCAGGAACAGCUGCGCAGGAACAGGUGCGCAGGAACAGGUGCGCAGGAACAGCUGCGCAGAAACAGCUGCGCAGAAACAGCUGCGCAGAAACAGCUGCACAGAAACAGCUGCGCAGAAACAGCUGCGCAGAAACAGCUGCGCAGAAACAGCUGCGCAGAAACAGCUGCGCAGAAACAGAUGCGAAGAAACAGCUGCGCAGAAACAGCUGCGCAGAAACAGCUGCGCAGAAACAGCGGCGCAGAAACAGGGGCGCAGAAACAGCUGCGCAGGAACAGCUGCGCAGAAACAGCUGCGCAGAAACAGCUGCGCAGGAACAGCUGCGCAGGAACAGCUGCGCAGAAACAGCUGCGCAGAAACAGCUGCGCAGAAACAGCUGCGCAGGAACAGCUGCGCAGGAACAGCUGCGCAGAAACAGCUGCGCAGAAACAGCUGCGCAGAAACAGCUGCGCAGAAACAGCUGCGCAGAAACAGCUGCGCAGGAACAGCUGCGCAGAAACAGCUGCGCAGAAACAGCUGCGCAGAAACAGCUGCGCAGAAACAGCUGCGCAGAAACAGCUGCGCAGAAACAGCUGCGCAGAAACAGCUGCGCAGAGACAGCUGCGCAGAAACAGCUGCCCAGAGACAGCUGCGCAGAAACAGCUGCGCAGAAACAGCUGCGCAGAAACAGCUGCGCAGAAACAGCUGCGCAGAAACAGCUGCGCAGAAACAGCUGCGCAGAAACAGCUGCGCAGAAACAGCUGCGCAGAAACAGCUGCGCAGAAACAGCGGCGCAGAAACAGCGGCGCAGAAACAGCGGCGCAGAAACACUCUAUAGCCUCUGGUUACAGGAGCGUACCUCCAUGUUCAAUGUUUUUUGGGCAGUUGAACAUGUAAAGUUGAAUCUCGAACAGCUGCGCAGAAGCGGCUGCGCAGAAGCGGCUGCGCAGAAGCGGCUGCGCAGAAGCGGCUGCGCAGAAGCGGCUGCGCAGAAGCGGCUGCGCAGAAACGGUUGCGCAGAAACGGCUGCGCAGAAGCGGCUGCGCAGAAGCGGCUGCGCAGAAGCGGCUGCGCAGAAGCGGCUGCGCAGAAACGGCUGCGCAGAAACGGCUGCGCAGAAACGGCUGCGCAGAAACGGCUGCGCAGAAACGGCUGCGCAGAAGCGGCUGCGCAGAAGCGGCUGCGCAGAAGCGGCUGCGCAGAAGCGGCUGCGCAGAAGCGGCUGCGCAGAAGCGGCUGCGCGGAAACGGCUGCGCGGAAGCGGCUGCGCGGAAGCGGCUGCGCGGAAGCGGCUGCGCGGAAGCGGCUGCGCGGAAGCGGCUGCGCGGAAGCGGCUGCGCGGAAGCGGCUGCGCGGAAGCGGCUGCGCGGAAGCGGCUGCGCAGAAGCGGCUGCGCGGAAGCGGCUGCGCAGAAGCGGCUGCGCAGAAGCGGCUGCGCAGAAGCGGCUGCGCAGGAACAGCUGCGCAGAAACAACUGCGCAGAAACAACUGCGCAGAAACAGCUGCGCAGGAACAGCUGCGCAGAAACAGCUGCGCAGAAACAGCUGCGCAGAAACAGCUUCGCAGAAACAGCUGCGCAGGAACAGCUGCGCAGGAACAGGUGCGCAGGAACAGGUGCGCAGGAACAGGUGCGCAGAAACAGCUGCGCAGGAACAGCUGCGCAGAAACAACUGCGCAGAAACAACUGCGCAGAAACAGCUGCGCAGGAACAGCUGCGCAGAAACAGCUGCGCAGAAACAGCUGCGCAGAAACAGCUUCGCAGAAACAGCUGCGCAGGAACAGCUGCGCAGGAACAGGUGCGCAGGAACAGGUGCGCAGGAACAGGUGCGGAGGAACAGGUGCGCAGGAACAGCUGCGCAGGAACAGGUGCGCAGGAGCAGGUGCGCAGGAACAGCUGCGCAGGAACAGCUGCGCAGGAACAGCUGCGCAGGAACAGCUGCGCAGGAACAGCUGCGCAGGAACAGGUGCGCAGGAACAGGUGCGCAGGAACAGCUGCGCAGAAACAGCUGCGCAGAAACAGCUGCGCAGAAACAGCUGCACAGAAACAGCUGCGCAGAAACAGCUGCGCAGAAACAGCUGCGCAGAAACAGCUGCGCAGAAACAGCUGCGCAGAAACAGCUGCGCAGAAACAGAUGCGAAGAAACAGCUGCGCAGAAACAGCUGCGCAGAAACAGCUGCGCAGAAACAGCGGCGCAGAAACAGUGGCGCAGAAACAGCUGCGCAGGAACAGCUGCGCAGAAACAGCUGCGCAGAAACAGCUGCGCAGGAACAGCUGCGCAGGAACAGCUGCGCAGAAACAGCUGCGCAGAAACAGCUGCGCAGAAACAGCUGCGCAGGAACAGCUGCGCAGGAACAGCUGCGCAGAAACAGCUGCGCAGAAACAGCUGCGCAGAAACAGCUGCGCAGAAACAGCUGCGCAGAAACAGCUGCGCAGGAACAGCUGCGCAGAAACAGCUGCGCAGAAACAGCUGCGCAGAAACAGCUGCGCAGAAACAGCUGCGCAGAAACAGCUGCGCAGAAACAGCUGCGCAGAAACAGCUGCGCAGAGACAGCUGCGCAGAAACAGCUGCCCAGAGACAGCUGCGCAGAAACAGCUGCGCAGAAACAGCUGCGCAGAAACAGCUGCGCAGAAACAGCUGCGCAGAAACAGCUGCGCAGAAACAGCUGCGCAGAAACAGCUGCGCAGAAACAGCUGCGCAGAAACAGCUGCGCAGAAACAGCGGCGCAGAAACAGCGGCGCAGAAACAGCGGCGCAGAAACACUCUAUAGCCUCUGCUGCGCAGAAGCGGCUGCGCAGGAACAGCUGCGCAGAAGCGGCUGCGCAGAAGCGGCUGCGCAGAAGCGGCUGCGCAGAAGCGGCUGCGCAGAAGCGGCUGCGCAGAAACGGUUGCGCAGAAACGGCUGCGCAGAAGCGGCUGCGCAGAAGCGGCUGCGCAGAAGCGGCUGCGCAGAAGCGGCUGCGCAGAAACGGCUGCGCAGAAACGGCUGCGCAGAAACGGCUGCGCAGAAACGGCUGCGCAGAAACGGCUGCGCAGAAGCGGCUGCGCAGAAGCGGCUGCGCAGAAGCGGCUGCGCAGAAGCGGCUGCGCAGAAGCGGCUGCGCAGAAGCGGCUGCGCAGAAGCGGCUGCGCAGAAGCGGCUGCGCACAAGCGGCUGCGCACAAGCGGCUGCGCAGAAGCGGCUGCGCAGAAACGGCUGCGCAGAAACGGCUGCGCAGCAGCAGCUGCGCAGAAGCAGCUUCGCAGAAGCAGCUGCGCAGAAACAGCUGCGCAGAUGCAGCUGCGCAGAAACAGCUGCGCAGAAACAGCUGCGCAGAAACGGCUGCGCAGAAACGGCUGCGCAGAAACGGCUGCGCAGAAGCGGCUGCGCAGAAGCGGCUGCGCAGAAGCGGCUGCGCAGAAGCGGCUGCGCGGAAGCGGCUGCGCGGAAGCGGCUGCGCGGAAACGGCUGCGCGGAAGCGGCUGCGCGGAAGCGGCUGCGCAGAAGCGGCUGCGCAGAAGCGGCUGCGCAGAAGCGGCUGCGCAGAAACGGCUGCGCAGAAACGGCUGCGCAGAAACGUAUGCGCAGAAACGGCUGCGCAGAAACGGCUGCGCAGAAACGGCUGCGCAGAAACGGCUGCGCAGAAACGGCUGCGCAGAAACGGCUGCGCAGAAACGGCUGCGCAGAAACGGCUGCGCAGAAACGGCUGCGCAGAAACGGCUGCGCAGAAACGGCUGCGCAGAAACGGCUGCGCAGAAACGGCUGCGCAGAAACGGCUGCGCAGAAACGGCUGCGCAGAAACGGCUGCGCAGAAACGGCUGCGCAGAAACAGCUGCGCAGAAACAGCUGCGCAGAAAGAGCUGCGCAGAAACAGCUGCGCAGAAACAGCUGCGCAGAAGCAGCUGCGCAGAAGCAGCUGCGCAGAAACAGCUGCGCAGAAACAGCUGCGCAGAAACAGUGCGCAGAAACAGCUGCGCAGAAACAGCUGCGCAGAAACAGCUGCGCAGAUACAGCUGCGCAGAUACAGCUGCACAGAUACAGCUGCGCAGAUACAGCUGCGCAGAAACAGCUGCGCAGAUACAGCUGCGCAGAAACAGCUGCGCAGAAACAGCUGCGCAGAAACAGCUGCGCAGAAACAGCUGCACAGAAACAGCUGCGCAGGAACAGCUGCGCAGAAACAGCUGCGCAGAAACAGCUGCGCAGGAACAGCUGCGCAGGAACAGCUGCGCAGAAACAGCUGCGCAGAAACAGCUGCGCAGGAACAGCUGCGCAGGAACAGCUGCGCAGGAACAGCUGCGCAGGAACAGCUGCGCAGGAACAGCUGCGCAGAAACAGCUGCGCAGGAACAGCUGCGCAGGAACAGCUGCGCAGGAACAGCUGCGCAGAAACAGCUGCGCAGGAACAGCUGCGCAGGAACAGCUGCGCAGGAACAGCUGCGCAGAAACAGCUGCGCAGAAACAGCUGCGCAGAAACAGCUGCGCAGGAACAGCUGCGCAGAAACAGCUGCGCAGAAACAGCUGCGCAGGAACAGCUGCGCAGAAACAGCUGCGCAGAAACAGCUGCGCAGAAACAGCUGCGCAGAAACAGCUGCGCAGAAACAGCGGCGCAGAAACAGCGGCGCAGAAACAGCGGCGCAGAAACAGCGGCGCAGAAACAGCGGCGCAGAAACACUCUAUAGCCUCCGGUUACAGGAGCGUACCUCCAUGUUCAAUGUUUUUUGGGCAGUUGAACAUAAGCGGCUGCGCAGAAGCGGCUGCGCAGAAGCGGCUGCGCAGAAGCGGCUGCGCAGAAGCGGCUGCGCAGAAGCGGCUGCGCAGAAGCGGCUGCGCAGAAGCGGCUGCGCAGAAGCGGCUGCGCAGAAGCGGCUGCGCAGAAGCGGCUGCGCAGAAGCGGCUGCGCAGAAGCGGCUGCGCAGAAGCGGCUGCGCAGAAGCGGCUGCGCAGAAGCGGCUGCGCAGAAGCGGCUGCGCAGAAGCGGCUGCGCAGAAGCGGCUGCGCAGAAGCGGCUGCGCAGAAGCGGCUGCGCAGAAGCGGCUGCGCAGAAGCGGCUGCGCAGAAACGGCUGCGCAGAAACGGCUGCGCAGAAACGGCUGCGCAGAAACGGCUGCGCAGAUACGGCUGCGCAGAAACGGCUGCGCAGAAACGGCUGCGCAGAAACGGCUGUGCAGAAACGGCUGCGCAGAAACGGCUGCGCAGGAACGGCUGCGCAGGAACGGCUGCGCAGGAACGGCUGCGCAGGAACGGCUGCGCAGGAACGGCUUCGCAGGAACGGCUUCGCAGGAACGGCUGCGCAGAAGCGGCUGCGCAGAAGCGGCUGCGCAGAAGCGGCUGCGCAGAAGCGGCUGCGCAGAAACGGCUGCGCAGGAACGGCUGCGCAGAAACGGCUGCGCAGAAACGGCUGCGCAGAAACGGCUGCGCAGAAACGGCUGCGCAGAAACGGCUGCGCAGAAACGGCUGCGCAGAAACGACUGCGCAGAAACGGCUGCGCAGAAGCGGCUGCGCAGAAGCGGCUGCGCAGAAUCGGCUGCGCAGAAGCAGCUGCGCAGAAGCAGCUGCGCAGAAGCAGCUGCGCAGAAGCAGCUGCGCAGAAGCAGCUGCGCAGAAACAGCUGCGCAGAAACAGCUGCGCAGAUACAGCUGCGCAGAUACAGCUGCGCAGAUACAGCUGCGCAGAAACGGCUGCGCAGAAACGGCUGCGCAGAAGCGGCUGCGCAGAAGCGGCUGCGCAGAAGCGGCUGCGCAGAAGCGGCUGCGCAGAUACGGCUGCGCAGAAACGGCUGCGCAGAAACGGCUGCGCAGAAACGGCUGCGCAGAAACGGCUGCGCAGAAACGGCUGCGCAGUAACGGCUGCGCAGAAACGGCUGCGCAGAAACGGCUGCGCAGAAACGUAUGCGCAGAAACGGCUGCGCAGAAACGGCUGCGCAGAAACGGCUGCGCAGAAACGGCUGCGCAGAAACGGCUGCGCAGAAACGGCUGCGCAGAAACGGCUGCGCAGAAACGGCUGCGCAGAAACGGCUGCGCAGAAACGGCUGCGCAGAAACGGCUGCGCAGAAACGGCUGCGCAGAAACGGCUGCGCAGAAACGGCUGCGCAGAAACGGCUGCGCAGAAACAGCUGCGCAGAAACAGCUGCGCAGAAACAGCUGCGCAGAAACAGCUGCGCAGAAACAGCUGCGCAGAAACAGCUGCGCAGAAGCAGCUGCGCAGAAACAGCUGCGCAGAAGCAGCUGCGCAGAAACAGCUGCGCAGAAACAGCUGCGCAGAAACAGCUGCGCAGAAACAGUGCGCAGAAACAGCUGCGCAGAAACAGCUGCGCAGAAACAGCUGCGCAGAAACAGCUGCGCAGAUACAGCUGCGCAGAUACAGCUGCGCAGAUACAGCUGCGCAGAAACAGCUGCGCAGAAACAGCUGCGCAGAAACAGCUGCGCAGAAACAGCUGCGCAGAAACAGCUGCGCAGAAACAGCUGCGCAGAAACAGCUGCGCAGGAACAGCUGCGCAGGAACAGCUGCACAGAAACAGCUGCGCAGAAACAGCUGCGCAGAAACAGCUGCGCAGGAACAGCUGCGCAGGAACAGCUGCGCAGAAACAGCUGCGCAGGAACAGCUGCGCAGGAACAGCUGCGCAGGAACAGCUGCGCAGGAACAGCUGCGCAGGAACAGCUGCGCAGGAACAGCUGCGCAGGAACAGCUGCGCAGGAACAGCUGCGCAGGAACAGCUGCGCAGAAACAGCUUCGCAGAAACAGCUGCGCAGAAACAGCGGCGCAGAAACAGCGGCGCAGAAACAGCGGCGCAGAAACACUCUAUAG